ACCCAUACUUUCCCCAUACUUCUGUGCUUUGCUUCACUUGCAAUCAUCAUCACUAACUAUGCAGACGCUACUCCGGCCGGCCGCAGCAGCAGCAACGGCUGUGACGGUAGGUCCUGCGCUUUCUCUCCUCCAACGCCACCGUCUAACAGAUUACCGACCACUCUAUCCCUCAAAUUGUCCGCGCAAAUUCACGCGAUCAAUCUCAUUCCCUUGUGCUUCAUUGUCUUAUGAUCUUCUUGAAACCAGAAAAUUGAAGCUCUCCUUUACCAAAACAAAUGCUUCUUCUCCGGUUUCUCCUGCUUUCACUCACUCAAACGAUGAGGCGGAGAGGGCCAAGCUAGCUCAGGUUGCGAAGAGAUUGGAGAUUACAUCGAGGUAUUUCAAGCGGUUGGGCAGUUUAGGGUUUUGGGGCCAACUAAUAUGCACAGUGGUAGCAGCUGUGAUUCUUUCGUUUUCUAUUGUAAUCACUGGGAAGAUCUCGUCUCCAGCUUCUUUUUAUGCUACUGCUGGUGGGAUAGCAGCUGCAUUCAUUUCGGUGUUUUGGUCAUUUGGGUAUAUUCGCCUUUCUGAGAAGCUCCGAAAAACUGCUUAUGAUCCUACCAAGGCACCUCCUCGUGCUGAUGUUGUGAAAGGCUUGAAAAAUGGCAUAGUUGUGAAUCUGUUAGGAAUGGGUGCUGCUAUUCUUGGCAUGCAAGCAACAGUUGGAUUGCUAGUAGCAAAGGCUCUUACUUCCUCAGCAAAUCCUUAUUACCAGGGAAUCUCUCCUGGUUACAAUCCAGUUCUUGCAUUGGAUGUAUUCUUGGUGCAGGCAUCAGCAAACACCAUUCUUUCUCAUUUUCUUGGGCUUGUUUUCUCCUUGGAGCUGUUGCGCUCAGUGACAUUGCCAGCUGCAGAAAGCAUUCCAGUCCCAAGAGUAGCAUAAAGUCUCUCGCUUGUACCAAAUGUCAAGUGAAAACAUGAUUUUGUAGCCAAAAUGUUGAAUCCUCAGCACUGAGUAAUGAUAAAUUUCAGGGCAAAAAAGUGUUCAUUUCUAGUUUUCAGGUCAUGUAAAGUAUCAUCACCAGUGCAAUUUAAUUGAUUUCCAAUAUUUUGAGUUGAUUUCUUGGUUGAUAAACUGGAACAUUCCAAGCAUGGUCAAUGCAAGGCUUUGUCCAAUAUGUUAUAUAUAGCGGCAUGUUUGUUA